AUGGGUUUUCAUCAGGACAGUGAUCUACUGGACCGGCGGAAACAUUGCUUCAGUGUCCAGUCUGAAUCUGGAGAAGAUCUUUACUUUUCUGUGGAACUAGAGUCUGACUUAACACUAUGGGAAAAAGCCUUCCAAACAGCAACUUUUUUAGAAGUUGAACGGAUACAGUGCAAGACAUAUGCCUGUAUUUUGGAGAGUCAUCUUAUGGGACUUACCAUUGACUUUAGCAUGGGUUUUGUCUGUUUUGAUGCUGCCACAAAGGCCGUACUUUGGAGGUACAAAUUUUCCCAGCUCAAAGGUUCUUCAGAUGAUGGGAAGAGCAAAAUCAAAUUUUUGUUCCAAAACCAAGAUACUAAACAAAUUGAAGCAAAGGAGCUGGAGUUUUCCAACCUGUUUGCAGUCCUUCACUGUAUCCACUCAUUCUUUGCGGCCAAAGUGGCUUGUUUGGACCCUUUGUAUGUAGGCAGUCAAGCCACAGCUUCUGCUGCUCCCACAGCUUCUGGUACUGGCAAAUUAAAGUAUACUACUUGACAUCUCACAUUACAGCACUGCCACUUAACAACAAGACAUAACAAUGUAUAAAUAUUCAUAAGAUGUAGACCUUUGGUGAACCAUGUAUGUGGAAA